AUGGAGAAAUUCAACAAUGGAUUAAAGACUUACUGGAAACGAAGAGUAUAUGAGAGGCUGGAAGCACCGGCGGGGCGGCGAUGGUGGCGGAGAAGAGUGGAUCGGACGGAGCUGGGUGAAGAGCGGCGGAGAGGGAUCAGGAUCCGGAUCAAGGUAUGGCGGCGGCUGCGGAAGGUGACGCCGAGGAGGAUACUGGCGUGGAUCCGAGAUGGGUAUGCGAGGACGAUGCUAGGGUUGGAGAGGUCGGCGAUGAUCGGAGGCUAUAGGGCGGGGUUUGGGACGGCGACGGCGACGCCGAUGAGGAUAUUGACGUCGAUUAGGGAUGGGUAUGUGAGGAUGAUGCUGGGGUUGGAGAGGUCGGCGACGAUCGGAGGGAAUGGCGGAGGGUUUGGGAGCUCGACGACGGAGAAGGAGUACGAUGAGAGGGUUUUGGUGGAGAUAUAUAGGGCGUUGGAGAGUGGAGAGAUCUUGGCCGUUGGUAAUGGCGGUGAUUGA